AUGACCCGACUAUCACUUGCGCAACAGUUGGCCCAACUAGACGAUGCCGCUCCGGUAGACUACGAUCCGGAGGCGUUAGAGACAUAUGCAGAGGACGAUGGGGAUAAGGAAGGCGCACCAGUCGUAGCCAGGGAACACUAUGUGGACGUAGGUGAACUCCGGAAACUCCACGAUAGUCUUGCGGACCCAAAAUACGAAGGCGUCCGAACGUCUAGGAAGGCCCUACUCGAGGCAGAGGAAGCAGAAGCGUCCGAACCUUCAGACAGCGAGGCUGAACAAGAAUUUCACCCGAUGAACGACGAGGACGACUCUGAUAUUGUUGGGGAUGGACCUGACGACUCAGAAGGGGAAAGCAGCGAAGAAGAGGGAAGUGGAGCGGAGGACGAUGAUGAAGAGGAUGAGGGAAAAGACGAGGACGAGGAGAUGGACCAAGACGAGCCGCCAUCGAAAUCCAAACGACCUGCAGCGGACGAGGAACCUUCGGAGGACCUCACGUCCGCACUGAAGCAGGCGAGAGAGGCCGACAAAAAGAAGGGAAAGGCUGUUGCAAAGCAGAUCGCCCUUUGGGAUACACUCCUGGAUUCGAGAAUUCAGCUUCAAAAGGCUGUGGUAUCAGCCAACAAAUUACCUCUGCCCGACUCCAUAUCUUCGUACACUCAAGACCCCGAAUGCGCAGACGCCCUCCUUAAACUGUCAUUAGAGGCCUUGGCUUUAGCAGACGACCUCACGACCCUCCAAGAAAAACUCAUGACCACCAACGAAAACAUCAAGCCUCCGGCACGAAAACGACGUAAAUUGGACGACGAGUCCAAUCUCGCCAAUGCCUCUGCAGACCUCGUCGCUGCUUGCGAGUCGGCAGCUGCUUUGGAGCAAGUAUACCACCCUCAACUCGUCCAAACGCUCACCAAGUGGUCAGCCAAGAUCCAAGCCGUCGCACCCUCAGUCCUCCUCCCCUCCAAUCGCGGAGCAUUCUCCAAGGGAAAACAACAAUUGAAAUCAGCCGUUCAGCUCGUCGACGAUGCUUUACAAGACCACUCGGGACUCUUGGCUCGCACUCGACUGCGGAGGGCGCCUGGGACUCGUCUAAAGCCCGCUUCUGAAACGAAUGGGAAGGAGGGGGAAGGAGGAGCUCAAGAGCAGAACCAAGGCGGAGAAGGAGAAGAGGAUGUCGAGAUCUUCGAUGACACAGACUUUUACCAGAAGAUGCUUCGGGAUAUCAUCGACGCUCGUGGCGGAGGAGACAAGGACGCGGAUUGGUUAGCCAUCCAGAAACAAAAGAAGGCGAAGAAAGUGGUGGAUACCAAAGCUAGCAAGGGCCGUAAGAUUCGAUAUCACGUCCAUGAAAAAAUCCAAAACUUUAUGGUCCCCGUUCCAGUUGUGGGCGGGUGGCACGAGGAACAGAUUGACGAACUAUUUUCUUCACUGUUGGGCAAGGGUUUCGAAAACGCGGUACCAGAUCUCAGCGAGGAGAAGGAAGGGCAGGCGGAGCAGGUGGUGGUUCAGGACGGAUUCAGGGUGUUUGGAUAG